UUCGGCGCGCCAUGAUUGGUUGCGCCGGCUGGUUGUCGAGGCUUCGGGGCUUCAUUCACCAUUUUGCGACUGUAGCGUAGAAUGUACAGGGCAGUAGUUUUUCCUCCUUUUAAGUUGCUCUGCCGGAGAAACAUGAACAGCCGAUAAUUGGCAGCUGCGGACUACCGGCCACCCUGCCCUAUUUUAACCAGCGGACUCAUCAGAGAAUCACACUGGGGUACUAUAUUAUCUCUGAGUCUCUGGAAUAAGGUGGGCAAGUGCCGAAGUCGCGCAACAGAGACAAGACAGGAUGAGAGAGAGAGGCCCUGGCAGAAGAGGAAAAUAGAGAGAAGGGAAGGGAGGAGGCGGGAGGGGGGGGAAAAGAAGAAAAGCAAAAAAAAAACGAGGCAGAGCAAUAGAGGAACGCCAAGGAGAAUCUCGGGAAUAAAUAAAUAAAAAGACUUGUUUGGAGCAAAAGGAAAGCUAGAUGAAAAGAUGAAGCCGAUAAAAAAGCAGGGCCGACGCUCUCCCCCCUCCACGCGGGCCAAAGGGGGGAAGCGUCGUGGAGUGGGGGAUGCCCCUGAAGGAGGGGAGAAGAGAGACUCAGACGGGAACAGAGACAGAAGCAGAUCGCCGCAAAACCAGACCGCCUCCUCCUCUUUUUCAUCUAAUUCACACUCAGACUCCCAGGCGGACUCAAUCAGAGCGCGGGACACUUCAGACGGGGAAGGACUACACAGAGAAGGGCUGUCAGAGACGACGGUAUCGCUUGUGAUGGAUUCUGGGAAAUUGUUGACAUCUUCGGAUGAUAGGUCAGGGAGGUCGGUGUUGAGCGGUGGCAGCCACAGUGAUAGUAGCGGUAGCAGCUGCAGUAACAGUAGUACACCGAGCGCCAACAACAGCCCCAACCCCGCCUCCAGUCGCAAGACAGCCACCUUCAAAGCCCGCGUUCCCAAGAAGAAGUACACAUCCGAACACUGCUUGUCUAAUACUGCUGGUAACCAUAGCCACCCUGCAUCCAGCACGCCCCCUCCUCUACUUCUGAGUAGCCACAAUCAGGGGUCCACAGGUUCAGGAAGUGACAUUAGCAUCUCACAACCUGACGGCAACGGUCAAAGUCGAAGCCUGAUGGCCGAUUUCCACAGCAGGAACACUGGCAGGGAAGCACCUCAGGACAACUCCCCGGGACCCCCGACCCUGUCGCUGGGGGGAGGCGAGAGCGAACGGCCGGUAAGAGUCGAAGGGGUAAGAGACGGGGAGCGGAUAUCACCCAGCCCUUUACCCCGCUGCUCUUCGACAGACACCGCCAGCGAGCACUCAGCUGACCUGGAGGUAGUCAGCGACGCGCACACAAUCACGCCGAUGUCUACACACGCACCCACCAGUCUCCCUGAUGCACUAUCCGACGCCCUGGCCAAAGGGAUGAAGAACCAGCGUGUCCUUGCCCGCCAGCUCAGGAGAAGAAGUGACGAGGAGGCGGGAGGAGAAAGGAUUGAUGAAGGGAGGAUUUCGGACUUGGUGUUCCGGGCUGGCGUGGUCCGUAAGGUCAGCGGUGAAUACGGAAGUCUGGAGGUACAACUAAAUGGGGAGAAGACGCUGUGUCGUUAUCCGUAUAGACAUGACAGCCCCUCAGGGGUUGUAGACAUCAUCCUAGAUGCUCCGCCACCUGGUGUUCACCCAAUACCAAUAGGAACCCGCGUCUGUGUACCUUACGGCAACGAGGAGGGCAGCGAGGGACAGUGGCAGUGGUACCGAGAAGGCGUGGUGACCCAGGUGGAUACACAUCCAGCAGUGGCCAAUCGUUACCGCGUCCUGUUGUCCGAGGAAAGACUUCCCGCUGUGGGUGAAGAAGAGGAUGGCAGGGCUACGGCUGGUGCUACUCAGGCAGUCUGGGUGUCCCGACAAACACUUCGGCUCUUGGUGCCGCCAUGGGACCUGGAUCUGCCGUCUGGAGGAGGACGGGAGGUGGAAGAGGGCGUUAGAGAGAAGGAAAGAGAGCAGGACGACAGGGAGGAGAUUGACGUGGAGCAGGAGGUGUGUCGUUUGAGCCGAGGGAUGGCACCUGUUGUGGGAUCAGUGUCAGGGAGAGAUAUUCCCUACCCAGGCAUGGUCCCCGUUUCCUCCACUUCAGUCCACAACAUCACUUCUCUAGUAACCCCAACCUCAGUCCUCAGCAUGGCUCCUGGCCGAGAGUGGGAAAUAGACAAAGACCUUGAGAGGGAGAGGGACCUCCAGCGAAAACAGGAAAGAGAGAGGGAAAGAGAGCGAGAAAGGGAGAACAAUGCAAAGCAGCAGCAACAACAACAACAACAGCAGCAGCAGCAGCAGCAGCAGCUCCACCAGUACAUGCCACUCACCCCUGAGGAAGACAUGGAGGUGUCCCACUUCAGCAUGGGCCCUAUAGGGGGGAUUAUACCUGGGGCCAAACCCAUGGGAGUUCCUCAACACCGCCACAUUGUCUCUAAGCCCCCACCCGGCUACCUCAAUCACCCCCUGUCCGUGGUGCGGGGCAUCGGGAUCCCCUCUGCCCACCUCACCCUGAACCCCCACCCCCCUCCUUCACCUGUCCUGUUAGGCCUGGACCCAGUAACUGCAGUCAUCACCGCCCCUCAGCUCCCCCCUCUCCCUCCCAUGUCCUCUUCCUCUGCAUCAUCCUCCAGAGGAGAGAAGGGCUCAGGCGGAGGUUCUUCUGGUGGAGGAGCAGGUGGUGGUGGUGGAUCUGGAUCAGGUUCAACCUCCUCCUCUUCCUCACGUUCCCGCACCCCACUGACAGCUGCCCAGCAGAAGUACAAGAAGGGAGAUGUGGUGUGCACGCCAACAGGCAUCCGCAAGAAGUUCAACGGGAAGCAGUGGAGGAGGCUGUGCUCGCGGGAGGGCUGCUCCAAAGAGUCACAGCGCCGAGGAUACUGCUCCAGACACCUCUCCAUGAGGACCAAGGAGAUGGAGGCCAGCGGAGGCGGCCGGGAACGGGGUGGAGCUAGCAGCACAGGAACCCUGACCCCAUCUGACCUCCGGCUUGGCGGAGGGCGAGCCAGCUCAGAGUUUGACUGGGAUGAGACAUCACGGGAAAGCAGUGAGGCCAGCAGCCGCGGAGCAGAUUCCCGACCACGCCUGGUCCUCCCCUCCCUGCUCCCCCAGGAUCUGUCUCGCUUUGACUUUGAUGAGUGCGAGGCGGCCACCAUGCUUGUGUCCCUGGGGGGCUCCCGUUCAGGCACACCCUCCUAUUCCCCGAUAUCUAACCAGUCGCCCUUCUCCCCAACACCAUCACCCUCGCCCUCUCCUCUCUUUGGCUUCCGCCCGGCUAAUUUCAGCCCCAUCACCGCUCCCGCCUCGCUUACCCCGCGCCGCCAUCGCCAGCUCAGUGGCACUAAAAUGGGAACGCCAGGCACCGAACGAGAACGCCACCUGUCGGGAAUUGUGCCCACUUUUCAGACCAACCUCACGUUCACAGUGCCCAUGAGCCCCAGCAAGAGGAAGCUGGACACGCACCCACCUCCUCCACUGCCUACAGUCCAGGACUACCAGACCAAACCUGAGCAGCAGCAGCUGAGUGUAGGGGUAGGGGUGAUGGGAGACCCCAACCUUGGCCACAGCCCUGCUGCCUUCAGAGUCCUGUCCCCCCAAAGUCAAUCCACAACCCCCUCUUCGCUUUCCUUCCCCAGGCCACGUAGUGCCACCAGCAGGCCACCAUCAUCUGCUGCCUCCACACCUCCGCCCAUGCUGGUCUCUCCUACUCCUCAAUCUCCUUUGCCCCAGGAACCCUCUCCACGCCGCAUUGUACCCCUCCGCGAUUCCCCAGUCAUUGUCCGCAACCCAGAUGUCCCCCUGGCCAAGUUCUCCGACGGCCCGUUAGGAAGGAGAGAAAGGAGCAGGUCCAGGGAGCACAACCAGCCCCAACACGCAGCUCCACCUGGCCUGCAGGCCCCCGUCCCGAUCAACGGAGCCACCACCAACGGUGCUGUUCUUCUGCGCAAUCCCACAUCCACUCUGGUCCUGGUCACCUCCAGCUCGUCCUUGACACCAGCCACCGCGGGCCACGCCUCCCUCUCCAGCUCCUCCAUCCCCGGCUCGAUGUCCACCUCGGUGGGCUCGGUCCUGUCCUCCUCUGGAUCCGGCGGCAGGGAGAGGGAGAGGAAACCUGAGGGUCACCAGGAAGGAUCUGGGGGGUCGCUACCACAACCGGUAGCCUGUCAUCCCACACCGACCGCCCUGCUACCGCUCAUACUGCCAGCCGAGUCUCCUCACCCUGCUCCCCGCAAGCAGAUCAUCAUGGGACGCCCGGGGACUGUUUGGACCAACGUGGAGCCUCGGUCGGUGCCAGUGUUCCCUUGGCAUUCUCUCGUCCCUUUCCUGGAGCCGAGCCAACCAGGAGCGGCUGCCCAGCCUGCUGAUGGCCAGCAGCUUGUCAAUCAGGGCAAAGAGCCUCGUUGUGGGGUUGCCUUGGUGAGCGACGGCGGGCGAACCACCGGCCCUCCAGACUUAGAGAGAGGAUCCCCGUCAUGCCCUCCUCCUCCGACCAAUGACAAUCCUCCUGCAGAAAGGGGCGGGGCUGACAGCGAAACCGAGAGCGACACAGACGACCCGUUCUCGCCGGGUGUGGCCAAUGAUCCGGCGCCCUCCACUGGCACCAUGAAGAGACGCACGCAGUCCCUCAGCGCUCUGCCCAAGGACGGAGACAGGAAGAGGGAGAAAGAUCACAUCCGCCGUCCCAUGAACGCUUUCAUGAUCUUCAGCAAACGCCACCGAGCCCUCGUGCACCAGCGACAUCCCAACCAGGACAACCGGACAGUCAGCAAGAUCCUCGGGGAGUGGUGGUACGCUCUGGGUCCCAACGAGAAGCAGCAGUACCACGAUCUAGCCUUCCAGGUGAAGGAGGCCCACUUCAGAGCCCACCCUGAUUGGAAAUGGUGUAACAAGGACCGCAGGAAGUCACUGUCAGAGGGCCGCGGGACCCCAAAAGAGUCACGGGAGAGGAGCAUGUCAGAGAGUAUAGAUCCUCACACAGAGUCCCAGGUGCUAGAGGGGAAGGUAGGGAGCUCAGGCUGGCCGAUGGGAUCGGAGCGUCGAGGGGGGCCGUUCGGCGGGCAGCACCCCCGUCCCCGAGCCUUUUCCCAGAGCGCCGUGCACACCCUGGAGCAGAGGGAGAGAGAGAGAGACCUGGAGAAGGAGGAAGGGGCGAGUUUGUUUCGUAACCGGCCGCCGCCCCAGAUGUACCAGGGCGGCGCCAGCGAGGAUGUGACCAGCGACGAAGAGCGCAUGGUCAUCUGUGAGGAAGAGGGAGACGAUGAUGUCAUGGAGGAUUCAUGUCCCGAGGGCUCCAUCGACCUCAAGUGUAAAGAGCGAGUGACGGACAGUGAUGAAGAUGAGCCAGAUGGACAGCAUGGCUUCCAGCCAGUGGCUCGCUCCUCUCUCCCCUCCUCCUCUCCUCCAUCCCCACACUCCGACUCCACCUCAGCUACAGGGAACUCAGGAGGAAGUGGUGAAGAAGAGAAGAGAGGCGCGGAUGCAGGAGAGGAAGGGAACGAGGGAGGAUCCAUCAGAGAAGAAGCAGCAGCGACUGGAGGAGAAGCAGGGAGUGGAGGUGGGCAGGGUUUCUCCUCUCUAUCCAUCGCAGGCUCAGCGUCCAGCACCCAGGCUCCGCUCGCUUAUACCCAGCAGGGUGGCACCCAGCUCCUCGGCGCCGUCCGCAUGGCUCCCACUAUGGUGACCAACGCGGUACGACCCAUCGCCAGCACGCCCAUCCCGAUCGCCAGCAAACCUGCGGAAGGCGCCGUCACCCUCAGCUCCCUGCCUCAGGACAAGAAAGCCGCUCUCCUGAUUGGAAGCAGCGGACCUCAGCAGCUGCCAAUCAACGCAGGGGGUGGGUACCCGUCCUCAUCAUCAUCAUCCUCCUCCUCCUCCUCCCUGGUCCAGUCAGUUGUAACCCCUAUAGGGAGCAGCGGCCUCGUCACUAGCCUAGUUUUGGGCGGGGGGUCCUCCUUCCCAGCCGCCCAACCAGUGCAGCUUCUCACUACGCAGCCCCUGCCGCAGCACGCACAAACCCCCCUUCCUGUAAUCCCUCAGCUCCGCCCCACCGCCACCUCUUCUCUCACACCUCCCAAGCCGCUAGCGCAGGUCCAGUACAUCCUGCCCACCGACAGCCCCUCGUCCCCUCUGCUCACCCAGCAGCAAAUCCUCUCCCUGCCCACCAAUGCUGCCCUGGCCAAUGUCAGCCCCGGGACUAGAGUCCAAACCCAGUCGCCGGUCUUGCAGAGCAAGAUGUUGGUUCCCAUGGCAACAGUGAGAACAGGGUCUACUCCUCCUCAUCCUUCCAUUUCCCUGGUGGCUCCGCCUCUUCCUGUGCAGAACGGCCCCGCGACAGGAAACAAGAUCAUCCAGAUCGCUCCCAUGCCUGUGGUCCAGACCAACGUUCCUGGCAGCGCCGCAGCAUUGCACCCUGGGAGCCCCUUUCCUGUUUCCAUGGCAACCGUGAUGGCUCCCGGUGCUGCGCCCCCACAGACCGUUCUUCUGACCUCUCCACCCACCAGGAUCACCUAUGUCCAAUCCAGUCCAGGUGUUACCACGGCAAUGCCCCAACAAGCCCCGCCCCCUUCAGGUCCCGCGUAUCUCCCAUCAUCGCUGGCGACCCUGGGCUUCACCGCCAUCGCCCCGGCCGGACAAACCCUGGUUCAGCCCAUCGUUGGACAACCUCCACUGCUAGCUCCAGCCCCGCCCCUGAGCUGUCAAUCUCAGACCCCUACAGGCCAGGCCUCGGCAACCGCUGGUCGUCAGGUACUUACUGCCAUUUAUCCUGCACCAACCGUUCCUCUGGCGACAGGCGUGGUCUCCAUGACAACAGUACCGCCCUCUGUGGCGGCUCCAGCCCAGGAUGUGUUAAACCCUUCGUCUCCAUUGGCGACGGGGGCGCAGGGCUCAGCAGCGGCGACCCCUCAGCCCAGUGCGGCGGCAGCAGCGGCGGCGGUGUUAGAGCCAAAGUUAGAGGUGAAGAUCGAGCGUGAUCUGGACGCUCUGACCGAGGAGGAAGGGAUGUCCAGCUGUGCUCUUAACUCAUCCAGCUGCAUGAGUAACGCAACAGCAGCGAAAAUAGAAGAGGACAUCGUUCAUCACAUCAAGGAGGAAAAUAUGAGAGACGGAUACUGCAGAGAGAGACGAAGCGACAUGGACGGAGAGCGCGAGAGAGCGAUGAAGGAGAACAGCGACAAGAAGAGCAGCAGAGAGAUGGACAGAGAGGACCACAGCAUGGGCGACAGCAGCAAAGAGGCUGGACCUCGUUCCCCUCCUCCUCCACCACCCUCAGGUUUGGACCCCCCUCCCCCUCCUCCUGCAGAAAGAGAGCCCGCCUCCUCCUCCUCAAAGAAGAUCAAGUUCCGACCCCCGCCGCUCAAAAAGACACCUGACUCGGUUUUGUCUGAGAUGUACUUCGAAGAGCGUUUUGCUGAGCUUCCAGAGUUUAACCCAGAGGAGGUCCUGCCCUCGCCCACUCUGCAGAGUCUGGCCACAUCACCCAGAGCCAUCCUGGGAAGCUACCGCAAGAAGAGGCGCAACUCCACCGAGCUGGAACUGACAGCGGAAGACCCCAGCUCUCCGAGGAGGAAGACCCGCCGCCUCUCCAGCUGCAGCUCGGAGCCCAACACCCCGAAGAGCGCCGCCAAGUGCGAGGGAGAAAUCUUCACCUUUGACAGACCAGGCACAGAGGGAGAGGAUCUUCUCGGAGACUUGGACCGGGUCCCGUACUCGUCUCUGCGGAGAACUCUGGAUCAGCGGCGGGCCUUGGUUAUGCAGCUGUUUCAGGAACAUGGCUUCUUCCCCUCAGCUCAGGCCACCGCCGCCUUCCAGGCUCGUUACUCGGACACCUUCCCCACCAAGGUGUGUCUGCAGCUGAAGAUCCGUGAAGUCCGUCAGAAGAUCAUGCAGACAGCCACGCCCGGAGCCCCCGAGCCCGGAGGGUCGAUCGAGGCCAACCCCGCCCCGUCCCACAGCUCCUCUUUCAAUCAAUCAGCCCGGGAGGACGGAGGGGCGGAGCAGCAGCAGCAGCAGCAGCAGGGAGACAGAGGCCGGAGCCCCGAGGAGCCCAACAGCGAAGGCUCAUAGGCUGAAGAGGAUGACAAAGCGGAAAAAAUUGAGGAGAAGAAGAAGACAAGAGAGCGGAGUGUGUCAUCCCCACAGAAUAUUCUUGUAUGUGUUGAACCAGUACUUUGUGGGGUCCGUUCUACUGGCACUAAUCUCCACCCAGACCUGGGCAGAAAUACAUUUAAAUAUGGUCACAAACAUUCAAACUACUCAAGGUGCGCUUGAUUUGUCUAAUCAGACAUUUUUAAAAAAGCCUCAAAAGUGGACAAAUCACAUGCAAGACAUGAUGAGUCAAGUGCUUCUUGUAGUAUUGUUUCCCUUUUUUCCCUUUUUUUUUGUGUUUUGUUCCAAAUAUCCAGAAUAUUUUCAGUUACUACUUUGCCCAGGUCUGCUCGCAGCACAUUUGUACAGUAGUUUGUAGUUUGACACACAAACUCUGUGGUACACACUCUCUAUCUCUCUGGCACACACACACACACACACACACACACAUACACCCUGGUGCAUAUGUAAUCUCCAGCAUGCACAUGAUCCCACACAAACACACACGCACAUACACAAACACACACACACACGCACACACACCCUUACCAAAUCAGACUGUUACUCUUGGUUGGCAGUUCCCAGGAGCUGCUACCAAGGACCAUGACACACAAAGGCACUUUGUCACUUAUUGUGCAGAUGCAGUUUGCUGUUGCCAGCCAGCCAGCCCUCAGAUGCCAUUGACUUGACCUCCUUCUUGCCCUUCCACUCCUCAGCACAGUGGUCGGGACACAAAUACAACCCCAAUGACCUCUACUGAUAUUCCACAGCCCCUCGAUGCUGCAAGACAGACAGCACACACACACACACACACACACACACAUACACAUACACACAUACAUAUAUACAGGCACACACACGCAGUGCAUGGGCAUAUCUGUGCAGUGUGAGCACUUGUAUACAACACACACAUACACACACAUACACACACAUACACACACAUAGUCAACCCUGGUCUGACCAAGCCAUUGGCCUGCACAGUUUUUAGUGAUUGUAAUGAGAAGACAAACUGAAAGCAUGAGUUCUAUUCGUUCCUGAAAAACAAAAAGAAGGCAGGAGUUGGGAUUUAGUGUGACCAAUCUUUGCACCUUCAGUUAUUGCCAUUUUGAAAGACUUGUGUCCUCAUUGGCGGGAGCUGAUUAUAUAUGUCUGUAUGUCUGUUGGGGUCUCCCAUACCCCAAAAACCUGUGUGAACAGGCACCGUAAAGAGAUUAUGUAAAGAGACUCUUGGUUGUGAGGCUUUGAAGAAUCAACGUUAAGUUCGACACUGACCGGCUCCUGACGGAGCUCCAGAGAAAAAGGCAGAAGAAGAAACUGGAUGGUGUUCAUUGGAUGAAAGAUUCAUGUUCCAACGACAGGAAGAAGACACAUAGUAAUAUUAAAUAAGGACAACAACAACAUUACAAGCUUACCAACAGAGAGAAAAAGUUUAAUUUUAACCAAACUUCUCUGAAUCUCCCAGUGGAUAUGUUGUUGCUUUCUCUCGUUAUCGUUGCCGUGGAAAUAACCAGUUUUACCGUGGCCUGUUUUUCUCUCGUGGCUCUAUUGUGUUUCUUCUCCAGCAUAAAAAAAAUCACAACAAAAAACAAACAAACUUUGGACUAAGAAGGGGACAAAAUCAGUUUGUGGCCCCCCACUUUUAAUUGUACCUGGGGUGGUUCUCCUCCCCCCCUCUCCCCUCCCCUACAGUUUCUCACCAGACACAGAAGUGGGGAAGCAGGGGGCGUUUGUCGUUUUGUAAAAACGUUGAAAUCAGGUGUUUGCACAAUUUGUGCGGCCCUUCUCGUCUGGGACCGCCGCAAGUUAAAUCAGGAAAGUAUUGUUUUUAGAGAUUGUUUUAGUAGAAAUAAUAACCUUGUUCCAUAUGUUAUCAACCAUCUUUUUCCUCCCCUUGUCCCCCCCUUGCUUUUUUCCCAACUUUCAACCUCUUUCUCCUCCCCUCUCUUUACCUCUCUCCUCACCCGGCCCCCCUCCCCUCCUCCCCUCGACUCCUCAAGUGUUGUUAGAAAGUGCCCUUAAGCACUGGUCCCGGGUCAAGCGCUAUGUAGCUCAGGAUGGUUCUGGUUAGGGUUAGUUCAGGGAAAGCAGAUCCUAGACCAGCCCUGGAGGGCAGUCUCUGGAGCCCUCCCCUCUUCCCUCUCUUCUUGACACUUUAUCCUUUCCCAUCAAAUGGUGCAAUAGGACAUUUAUUUUUUUGGGAAUGGGUGGGUUAUUUUGUUUUUUCGGGGGAAGGCUCUGUGCCAUAGAUAUUAAAUCCAGUGCAGUCAGUCAGUGAGAGGAAUGAGCUGUUGUGAUACUAUCUUUAACUAUGGUAUAAAAAAAAAAAAAAAAGAAUCACACAAUUAUUGUUCUUGUUGAAGAGAUAGAGAGUAUAACUUACUAAAAGUCAAAGACAAUUUUUUGAAUAGCACUUUUUGGCUCUUUGCUUCCGUGGUGAAGAGUGGGGGUAGUUAUUAUUAUGGGUAUCUCUUUUAUUUCUCUGUAUACAGUUGGAUGUGUGAAAAAAAUAUAUAUACCGGUAUUUCCAUAUAUGUGCAUUUAGGUCUAUGUUUGGGUGUGUUUGUAUGUUUUGGCACAUGCAGGUAGCGUGUUAACAUGACCAACCUCUCGUUCUUUCACCACACAGCAACAUAAUCAAUAGUAUAUUUUUCAGUGUAAUCUACAUUCUAUAUUCUACUCUAGAGACAGUAUUUUUAUAGUCACCAUGACUAUUUUGUCUGCCAUCUUGACUGUUAUCAAACCCAGAUGAUUCAGGAUAUAUAGGAAAUAUAUAUUCAGGAUAUACGAUAUAUAAAUAUAUACAUAUAUAUAUGAAUACACACAGGUAAUAGAAGACUAUCAGUUCACAUCACUUGGGGGUUAGGGCUGUAAUGUGUCCAUCUGCAUGCAUGUGCAAUAACAUGCAAGUGUGCACACACCCAGACAGACAUAUGUGCAUACACACACAUGUAUGCGUGUACACUGUAUGAUUGUGCUUAAAAAUAAACUGUCCUUACUUUGGAGAAGGAAUUUUAGGAUGAGCGAGGUGAGUGUUAUCUCAUAAGCAGGCAUGUUGACCAUGUGCAAUAUUUCUAAACAACAACAAAAAAACUAAAUAUUGAAAAUAUUAAAGAUCUAACACAA